UCGCUUGGGAGACGCGAGGUCGAGCGCACCUCCUCCUCGCUGGAUCGGACGGUGCUCGAUCGGGCCGACAACCUCCUAAAAUAGACGGCGGCGGGGCUCAGCGGCAGAGCGCGCUCGUCGCUCCGGUCGGUCGCAGACGAUGCUCCGCUGGCUAUGGCUGCUCGCCGGCGCGGCGUGGCUGGCGGGCGAGGCGGGGGCGAGCCACCGCAGCCCCCGCGGCCACGAGGAGACGGGAACGGGGACGGAGGAGGCGCGGCGGCAGGGGCCGGCAGCGCGGCUGAAGGCCCUGCCGGAGCUGGUGCGCGGCCUGCGCGGCUUCCUGCGCGAGAGCGAGCAGCUGCUGGCCGAGGAACCCCGCGACGCGACGCCGCGCCAGGACCAGGAGUACGACUUCGUGGUGGUGGGCGCCGGCAGCGCGGGCGCCGUGGUGGCCGCGCGGCUCAGCGAGGCGGCCGGCACCACGGUGCUGCUGAUCGAGGCGGGCGACAGCGAGCACCUGCUGAUGGACGUGCCGGGCGUGGUGAGCAUGCUGCAGUACAGCGGCGCGAUCAACUGGAAGUACCGCACCGAGCCGUCGGCGGGCCACUGCCGCGGCAUGGCGGGCCGGCGCUGCAAGUGGCCGCGCGGCCGCGUGAUGGGCGGCAGCAGCGUGCUCAACUUCAUGAUCGCGUCGCGCGGCAACCGGCGCGACUACGAGCAGUGGGCCCGGGAGCUCGGCAACGCGGGCUGGUCCUACGCCGAGGUGCUGCCCUACUUCCGCAAGCUCGAGCGCAUGGGCGUGCCCGAGUUGCGGGCCGACGGGGCGCUGCACGGCGCCGACGGCCCGGUCAACGUCGAGUACGCGCCCUUCCGCACGCGCCUGGCCGAGGCCUUCCUCGAGGCGGGCCUGGGCGCCGGCUUCCCCGCCAUCGACUACAACGGCGACCGCGACGUCGGCUUCUCCUACGUGCAGGCCACCAUCAGCAACGGCAGCCGCGUGAGCAGCAACCGCGCCUACCUGCGCCCGGCCAGGCGGCGCCGCAACCUGUCCGUCGCGCGCCGCAGCCGCGUCGACCGCGUGCUCGUCGAGCCGACCACGCGGCGGGCCUACGGCGUGCUCCUGACCAAGGCCGGCCGCGGCAUCCGCGUGCGCGCCGCCAGGGAGGUGAUCCUGUGCGCCGGGGCCGUCGGCUCCGCGCAGCUGCUCAUGCUGUCGGGCGUGGGCCCGGCGGGCCACCUGGCCCGGAUGAACAUCGACCUGGUCCAGGACGCGCCGGUCGGCGAGAACCUCAUGGACCACGUGCAGUACCCGGGCCUGGCGUUCGCCGUCGACGAGCCGCUCGGUCUCAGGGCCCAGGACCUGGCCGACCCGCUCGGGCCCCACCUCGGCGACUACGUGCUGCACAGGCGCGGGCCCAUCGCUGUGCCCGGCGGCUGCGAGGUCGUCGCCUUCCUCGACGUCGACGAUCCGGCUGCGCUGAGCGCCUGGCCCAACCUCGAGCUGCUGUUCGUGUCCGCGUCGCUCGCCAGCGACUUCUCCUUCCGCUACGUCCACGGCGUCGCGGACGACUACUGGAACAGCUACUUCGCCGGCCAGUCGCGCAACCACACCUGGACGGCUCUACCGAUACUGCUGCGCCCCAAGAGCAGAGGCCGGAUUUUGCUGAGGAGCAAGAACCCAGCCGCUCAUCCCAGGAUCUACGCCAACUACUUGGACGAUCCCGAGGACGUGAGGAUCCUGGUGAAAGGCAUAAGGAUGGUAAUCGCCUUGAGCAAGACCAAGUCCAUGCAGAGGUAUAACUCCAAGUUGACGAACUCGCUGAUAAAGGGCUGCGAAAGUCAUCCCUACGACUCGGACCAAUACUGGGAGUGCGCUCUCAGGACGUUCGGCUCGACGCUCUUCCAUCCCUCGGGCACUUGCAAGAUGGCACCGGAUGAUGAUCCCACGGGUGUUGUCAAUCCAAGGCUACAGGUGAAAGGUAUACGGGGAUUAAGAGUAGCGGACGCUUCGAUCAUGCCGACGAUUCCUGCUGGACAUACGAAUCUGCCGACGAUAAUGAUAGCAGAAAAGCUAUCUGAUAUGGUUAAAGAAGACUGGGGAUUGAUUACCGGCAAUCAUCAAUGAUGACCUGUCCAUAGGCGA